ACCUCAGGCAUCGGCAAGUUUCAAAGUCGGUAGAAGACGUGCAGAAAAUGAUCAAAGAUCUCACAGCUGAGGUCAGCUCAAAGGAUGCUCGCUUCCAGUCCAUUGCAAACUCCGGAGUUCACAAUACCAGCCUCAAAGAUCAACCAGCUUUAGUGACAAAAUGGGCUACGUUGCUGCGGGGAAGAUGUGCAUACAACCCUGCCAUUCAAGUGCUCACACCUACCUUGUUCCUCAUCUCGGUGCCUCUGCGAGGUCUGAUGGGCUAUAAGCAAAGGCGAACAAGACAAUGGAGAUACUACACACUGAGCGGAUCUCGUCUCCUCUCCCCGGUCCGUGAGCCAGAGAAGGUCCAUCAGUGGCUGGAGCUAGAGAGCUUUGUUAACCCUAGUCAAGAGUGGCAUGACACCUGCAUGACCAUUGAAGGUGACAUUGUGCCAGCCAAGGUGGUGAAUGUCUUUAAAGAGCAUCUGGAGGCAUCCAUAAAGACAUGUGGACUAACAAAUAAAGUGAGCAUGCUGGAGUCAGUCGGGUCAGUGGUGCGUGUUGCCGUGGAAACAUCAGAGGGACAAGUUGAGGUAGAACUGGUUCCUACAGUGGAGCUAAUGAACUACUGGCCAAAGAGGGCUCGUUGGCCCCGUCUCUUUCGGAGAUGGCCAUCCGCAGAGCGUGCUCGCUGCAUCAAGUCUUUUGGAUUUAAUUUAAUGGCCACAUCAAACUACCACUGGCUGCUGUCAUUCUCUCGGGCGGAGCAGGUGUUGAUGAGUAAUAUAGAUGGGGAUGGCGGAUGCCGCAGGAAGUGUUAUCGGGUGGUCAGACAACUUAAGGAAGAAGUCUGGUGUCCUGGAAGUAAACCUGUCAUCACUGCCUACCACCUACAGACAUUGCUGUUCUGGACAUGUGAGAAGUACCCAUGCACCAGGGACUGGAAAGAUUUCAAGGAAUGUGUUUUACGGCUGGUGCAUAAGCUUUAUAAAUGUGUUAGCCAGCAUUAUCUCCGGCAUUAUUUCGUACGAUCUCACAACCUUCUGAAAUACACCAAUACAAAUGAGCUUGAUGAUGUGGCAAAGAAGAUCAAUAACUUCUUGGACAACCCAGGAACAUACGUUCAUUAGAAGCUUCCCCUCUGGGUUAGAUGGCAUAGUU